AUGCCAAGAGUGCAAAAGUGUAUAACCGGUAAAGGUCUCGUUAAUACACUAAUAAAUAAACUUCCGUUCGAAGCACAUUUACCAGGUUAUAAAUAUUGUGGACCUGGAACAAAACUUGAAAAAAGAUUGGCUAGAGGUGAUAAACCUAUAAAUCUUCUUGAUGAGGCUUGUCGUGACCACGAUAUAGCGUAUUUAAAAAAUAAAGACGUAACAAACCGUAAUUUAGCUGAUAAAAAAUUAGAAUUUCAAGCGUGGGAUAGGGUGAAAGCAAAAGAUAGUUCAUUCGGGGAAAAAGCUGCAGCCUACACCGUUACUAACAUUAUGAAAGCUAAACGUAAAAUUGGUAUGGGUUGUUGCAAAGCUAAAAAAGGUGGUAAAUUAGUUGGAGCAGUAAGAAAAAGAAUAUCUCGAAGAAAGUCUAAAAAAGUUAGAAAAAUUAAGGUACCAAAUCAAAGGGGUUCUGCUAUACCUUUGAUACCAAUAUUUGCAGGACUUUCAGCCCUCGGUAGUCUUGCGUCUGGUGCAGCAAAUAUCUAUAAAGCUGUUAAAGAUUCUAAAACUGGACAAACGAAAAAAAUUGGUAAAGGCUUAUAUUUGAAUGUUCGUAAUGAUGUUAGUAAACAAAACGAUUCUGAAAUUUCUUCUACAAUUGACUUACGUUUAGAAAUAGAAGCUGAUGAUAAUUUAACUGGUGUUAGUGCUUAUUGUAUGUUAAUACACGACCGCAUAGUUGAGUAUUCGCCAUUUACCCGAGAAGUGCGUAAACUCGUAUAA